CGCCACAAACUCGGCUCCUCCGCCCUCGCUCUAGCCUCUUCUCUCUCUCUCUCUCUCUCUCUCUCCGGACGAGGCUGCUCGCUGAAUGAUUGGCUACCGAGGCCGGGAGCCAGGCAGGCGGGCAAGUCUCGACCGCAGCUUUUUGUUGUUGCUGUUGUUGUUUUGUGCGCGCGGCGAGUGCUGGGAACAGAGCCAAGCAAGCUCUGCAGUUGGGAGUCCCGGCGGCUUGGAAGCCAGUAUCUCUCUCCCCCCCCCCGCCUUCAUCUCCUCCUCCUCUCAGUCCCAAAUCCCAAGCAAGGAUUGGCCACAUUGGGAUUGGAGGCGAGCAGCGAGGAGAGGUGGUCUGUCUCUUUCUUCCUCCCCCCAGCUUCUGGCCGGCUACUGAGGCUCGCGGUGGAGACUUCCCUGCUAGGCGCAGUCGGCCUGAAGCGGAGGACGGGCAGGGCAGGGCCUUUCAAAAGCGUGACAUUGCAACGGAUGGGGGAGACUUGCAGGAGUUUUGCGGAUGAACUGCAGCUCUCCAGAUGUUGCUAACUUACAGUAUUUGCCUUGCCGGCCGCGGGAUCGAUGCUGAGUGAGAGGCGCUGGCAUUUCUCUUUGGUCAGAAUGUGGUGAAUGAUCCCAGAUUGGCCAUCUCUCUAAGGGAGGAAGUUGAAACGAUUUGGGUUGGGGAAAAAGAAAGACCAAAUGGCAAAACAAUCUUCUGAUUUAAAUUCUGAAUGUGAGAGAGAAGGUGGACAAUUGCAGCCUGCUGAAAGGCCAGCUCAGCCUCAUCACCUUCGGCCUGGGGCCCCUACCUCCUUACAAACUGAAUAUCAAGGUAAUCAUUUGGGUGAACGGGACAGUUCAUCACCCAGUAGCCCUCAGGGACCACUGGCACCACCCUCCAGUCCCAGUCCAUUUGCUACCAGAUCCCCGUUGUUCAUGUUUGUAAGAAGAUCCCCACUGCUGUCCAGAUCCUCCAGUGGGUAUUUCUCUUUUGACAUCGACAGGAGUCCUGCACCUAUGAAUUGUGACAAAGCAACACAGACUCCAAGUCCUCCGUGUCAAGCUAUCAAUCAUUAUCUAAGCGCAAUGGGUAAGCAAGAGCAUGCUUCCAGAUGGCAGUCACGGCCAAUACCUGAGGAUAUGCAGCCAGAAAUAUGGAUUGCACAGGAAUUACGACGCAUUGGAGAUGAAUUUAAUGCUUCCUACUGUCCAAGAAGGGUAACUUUCAACAUUUUUAUUAUUUUAAAUUCUUUUGCUUAUUCCAGUGAUGUAGCUCUGUCUACUCAAACAAAAGACAGAGGAAAGCAAAUGUUAUGGUUUAUUGGAUUACCAGGGAGUAAAUCAUCAGAUCAUAAUUUUGCGCCUUUUGCAUUACAUCGUCCGCUUCAUAUGGAGAAUGCAGUGACUAGUGCUUCAAGAGCCCAUGAAGAUUGUUUAGUUGGUUUUAACAACAAAGCCCAUGAACAAUCUCUCUGGAUGCAGCUAAUAGCCAUUCCUGACUUUGGGACAUCCAGCAAAUUAAAGGAGCAAGAGGACUCCCUAUUAGAGAAUUAACAAAUUGUGAUGGAUUUUUGGAAAUGGGUCAACAUUUUUAGAAACAAGAUUUCGUAUGACAGUAGAGCUGACACCAUGUUUUGUUGAUGAAACUUUUUUUUUAAAAAAAGAACACCUGCUAUAUAAAGCUUUUAAGAAAAAUAAUUGAAUUAUGUGUUCACAUUAGGAAAUAUGUAGGCUGCUCUCUACCUUACAACGGAAUUGACUGAGCCAGCUACUUUUGUAAAGCUGCCUUAGUUUUUAUAUUAAAGACACAUUGUACAGCUUUUUUAAGAACAAAUCUUCCCAAGUAGUGAGAGGCCAGACUCUAGUAUUAGGUCCUCCAUUCAUUCCAGAUGACUUCCACGCAGAAGAGCUCAUGAUCAUUAAAUGAAGUUGGUGGAGACAAGAUGGAAAGAUUGGAAUUGAUACUUCCGGUUAUUCCUCCCCAAAUAUCUGCCAUUAAAGUCAGCUGCCUUUGUGCGUCUACACCAGAAGGCAUUUACACAGAACAUGUACCCAUCUGCUGUGCAAGUACCAGACUGGAUCUUUGUUCAGAGCUUCUGCUUCUUGCAGUCCAGAGGAAGAAAUACUGAAGUUGCUUUGAAAGUUGAAAUUAAACUGUGAAAGUUUAAAUGGUCCAAAUAAUGACACCAGGUUGCCUUUUAUAAUUUUCUUCCUAUGUUAUUUGUAUAGAACAUGUAUAUUCUAUAGCAUAAACUGAUGUGGGGAGGGAGGGGGGCAAUGUAGCAAUAAGUUUUUGCAUGUGGGUGAAAGCAGUUCCUACACCUGUGCAAUAUUGCCCCAAGUUGUUAGAACAGGGUCCUACUGCAUGAUUCCUGGCACUGUUUUGAUCCUCAUUAUGGUAUUUUACUGUUGUUUAAAUCCAGUUUGGGUAUCUGUAGGUUGUUUUUUUUAAAGAAGCACUCUGGAUUUAGUUAUUGCUGCAUUUAUUCUUAAUGAGUUAGUAACCAUAAUGUGGAAUGUACAAGGACUACUGACUCAGUGCAUGGGUUUGGGGUCGAUAGCAGCACAGUAUUCAAAUUGAUUCUGAGGGUAAAAAUUCCAAAAGAGAUGGAAACAAGUUUUUUUUUUCUUUUAUAAAUUUUUAACAGCAGAAUUUCUGGAACCUUCCCCUCCCAAGUGCAGCCUCCAUAGCCUCAUGUGAGAAAGUAGCUGCAUUUACCUACUAUGUUGGUGAGGACUACUUAUAGUUUACUUAGAAAAAAAAAUAUCUUGAACCAAUUCCAAAAAGCUGAAUUGUGCAACCUUAAUAAACAAAACAAAGCAAAUUGUUUCUCUGAGCCAUAGAUAGUAGUAAAGAUAGUGAUUCCCAAACUUUAGACUGAAGGUCUGUCAUAUGCCAUGGGAGAGACAAAAAGAGAAACUUGCCAUAUUUGAUAUUGCUUCAUUCCCUUGGUGUGCCUAGAGAUGGAAACGAAUAUCCUUCUCAGGAUAAGGGUUCUCUCAUAAAGUUCCUGGUUCGGGUUCUCUUGCAUUUGCCAGGUACAGAAGCCUUCAUAAACAUAGGAAGCUGCCUCAUUUUGAAUCAGAGUACUGGUCUGUUAAAGUUAGUGGUUGUUGGAUGGAUCUUUGCCAGCCCUUUUCAGAGAUGUACAACACCUAUAUAUAUUUGCAUCAGGGGUGAAAUGUAAAACUUGUUACUACCGGUUCUGUGUGUGUGUGUGUGUGUGUGUGUGUGUGUGUGUGUGUGUGUGUGUUUUAAUGUGACUGGGUGGGUGUGGCCAACUUUUUUUUUCUUUUUACUUUUAAAAGCAUUUUUUCUACAACCUCUUUGGCCGAAGAGGUUGUUAAAAAAAUGCUUUUAAAAGGCUCCUCUGGCGAUCCCAGCU